AUGGCUGGGAAGAAAGUUAUAGCCAUUUGUCGAUCAGGUGGUGAAUUUGAGGCAGAUAAAGAUGGUGUACUUUCUUAUAAAGAUGUUUAUGCUUAUGCCAUGGAAAUCAAUGAUCACGUGGACUUUAAUGAUUUCAAGUUGGAGGUAGCGGAAAUGUUUAACUUCAACCUUUAUACCACGUCAAUUAGAUAUUUCCUUCCUGGAAACAAGAAGACUCUUAUCAGCAUUUCCAAUGACAAAGACCUUGUGCGUAUGAUUAAAUUCCAUGGUGACUGUGACACUGCCGAGAUAUAUGUUAUGACAGAAAGAGUUCUUGCUCCUGAUGUCUCACACAUGCCAGGCAGUAGGUCGAGUAGGACAACUAUGUCAGAAGCUGAGUUUCCUGUUGAUGUUCUUUCAAGUAUGAUGAACGAUGUUGUGGAUGACAUAAACCAGCCUGAUCUCCUUCUUGAUGUUAAUUUUGAUGCAGUAGGUGAUACUAACCAGUUUGAGUCCCAAAUUGGUGUUCCAAUAGAAAUGCCUGUGCCAAUUUCUUUUGUUGGUUCCUUUGACCAAAAACAUGCUGAAGCCGAACGGCUGUGGCUGAACAAUAUUACUGGUGUGGGCCAGAGGUUCAAUAGCGUCCAUGAAUUUCGUGAGGCAUUGCAAAAAUAUGCCAUUGCGCAUCAGUUUUCUUUCAAGUAUAAGAAGAAUGAUAGUCACCGUGUGACUGUAAAAUGCAAAGCAGAUGGUUGCUUGUGGAGAAUUCAUGCAUCUAGGUUGUCGACCACCCAACUGAUUUGUAUCAAGAAAAUGAAUCCUAUACAUACAUACAAAGAGAAGGGACUAAGAGACUCGAUCAUUGAAAUUUUUCAGAAUGAGGAUGUUCACCAUGGUUUCUGCCUACGCUGUCUCUCAGCGCAACUUAUUAGAAAUUUGAAGGGGCAGUUUUCUCAUGAAGCAGACCGACUUAUGGUUGAAGAUUUCUAUGCUGCAGCUCAUGCCCCUACACCUGAAGGCUUCCAAAGUUGGGUAUCUGAUGCACAUGAAUUGCCAAUUACCCAGAUGGUUGAUGCAAUACGAGGUAAGAUUAUGGAAUUGAUUUAUAUGCGGCGGACAGAAUCUAACCAAUGGUUGACAAGAUUGACUCCGUCAAUGGAGGAAAAAUUAGAAAGGGAAAGCUUGAAAGUGAGAAGGCUUCAGUUAUCAAAAUCCACUGGUAACAAAUUUGAGGUCCGUGGGGAUUCUAUUGAAGCGGUAGAUGUGGAUAAUUGUGACUGUAGUUGCAAAGGUUGGCAGCUUACUGGGUUGCCUUGCUGCCAUGCCAUUGCAGUCAUUGGUUGCCUGGACCGCAAUCCACAUGAUUACUGUGCACGAUACUUCACAACUGAUUGCUACAGAGUUACAUAUUCAGAGUCUAUACAUCCCAUUUCAAACGUGGAUGACCCCUGGCAGAAAGGUACUUCACAAUUUGGUACAACUGUAACUCCCCCAACUCGUCGUCCACCAGGCCAGCCUACUACUAAAAAGGUUGGCUCACAAGAGGUAGUGAAACGUCAACUCCAAUGCAGUAGAUGCAAGGGUACUGGGCACAACAAGUCAACUUGUAAAGAGUUUUUGGAGUGCUAG